AUGGAGUCCUUCGUCAUUAGGACGCCCUGCUCCAGCGCCAACAUCGGGCCGGGCUUCGACGUCAUCGGUCUCGCCCUCACCGUCUACCUCGAGCUCCACGUCACCAUUGACCGAUCCAAGACGGGCACUGAGCACCCGCUCAACUGCAGGAUCACCUACGAGGGCCAGGGCGAGGGAACCGAGGACAUCAGUCUCGACCCGCAGAGCAACCUCAUCACCCGCGUUGCGCUGUACGUGCUGAGAUGCCAUGACCAGCGCUCGUUCCCGGCCGAGACGCAUGUGCACAUCCGGAACCCGAUACCCCUGGGCAGGGGGCUGGGAAGCUCGGGCGCCGCCGUGGUUGCCGGUGUGAUGCUGGGCAGGGAGGCCGGCGGGCUGAAGCAUCUGGGCCUGGACCGGCUGUUCGACUACUGUCUGAUGAUUGAAAGACAUCCGGACAAUGUGGGCGCCGCCUUGUUCGGCGGCUUCGUCGGCACCUACCUGAUGCCGUUGAACCCCGAGGACGCUGCGAGAAUAGAGAUUCCGCUCUCGGAAGUGCUUCCCUCGCCGGCUGGCGGCGUCGAUACGGGAAAGAAGCCUCCCUCGCCGCCCGUCGGCAUCGGCCACCACAUCAAGUUCCCCUGGGCCAGGGAGAUCAAGGCCGUGGCCAUCAUUCCCGACUUUAUCGUGCCGACGGCAUCCGCGAGAGCUGUUCUCCCGGCAAAGUAUCCCCGUCAGGAUGUGACUUUCAACCUCCAACGAAUCGCCCUCCUCCCCGUCGCUCUUGGCCAGUCGCCGCCGGACCCCGAACUCAUCCACCUCGCCAUGCAGGACAAGAUCCACCAGCCCUAUCGCCAGACCCUCAUCCCGGGUCUUACAGAGGUGGUCGAAUCAAUGUCCCCCAAGACCCAGCCUGGCCUCCUGGGCGUGUGCCUCUCUGGCGCCGGGCCCACGAUACUGGCGCUUGCCACGAGCAAUUUCGACGAAAUUGCAAAGAAGAUUAUCGCCACGCUGAGGCACUACAACGAAAACAAGGACCUGGCUUGCCAAUGGAAGAUUUUGGAGCCUGCCGAGGCACAUCCCGUCAAUCGCCACACGCCAUCACGUCUCGUCAUGUCCUCUCCGCCGCCACCAGGGGUGUACGUGCCCGUCCCGACUUUCUUUGCUCCCAGGUCUGGCUCCGCCUACGACUCGGCCGUGCCCGCAGUCGACAUCACCACCCAGUCCGCCCAUGCGAUCUACCUCGCCAAAAGCGGCAUCAGGGGCCUCGUAAUAUUCGGCAGCACCGGUGAAUGCGUACACGUCCACCCGCGGGACCGCAAAGCCGUCCUCCAAGGCGUGCGAGAUGCCCUUGUCCACGAAGGCUUCGACGACUACCCCAUCAUAGCGGGAACAGCCGCGGCCAGUAUCGAAGAAACUGUCGAACAGCUCAUCGACGCAAAAGGAGCCGGCGCCCAGUGGGGAAUGGUUCUGGUGCCGGGGUACAAUGCCGCCGUGACGCCACAGGAAGGCAUCGUCAGGUGGUUUGCCGCCGUGGCAGAUCGGAGCCCCAUUCCUAUUCUCGUCUACCACUUCCCGGGGGUGUCAAACAUGGUCGAGGUCACACCGGCUACGUUUGCCGCGCUUGCCGCCCACCCCAACAUCGUUGGGUGUAAGCUCUCCCACGGGGACGUCUCUCGGCUCGCGCAGAUUGCGCUGAAUCCGGCCGUCGACCCGGCGCGCUUUCACGUUUUCACGGGCCUGGGACAGCAGCUUCUCCCCGUGGUGAGUGUCGGCUGCGUCGGCGCCAUUGAUGCUUCGGCCGGAUUCUUCCCCAAGUCGCUCGUGAGACUGCUCCAUCUGGCGGUCGAGACGCGGCCCACGGAUGCCGAGGCCAGGGAGAGAAGGGAGUUGCAGUACAAAGUAAGCUGCAUGGACGAGAUUGUGAGCAAGCACGGCGUCGUGGGCAUCAAGGAGGCAACGAGCAGGCUGCGAGGCUUCGGCGACGUCGACGGCUGCAGGCUGCCGCUGUACGGGGCUGUCCGAGGCGGCGAGGAUGAGUGGAAGAAGUGGGAGGGUGUCUUGGCCGCGCUGGACGAGGUGGAGAAGCGGCUGUGA